AUUCGAUCCGUUCACAAACGAAACAGACCCCGUCUCCUCCUCCUUCCCCUCGCCGCCGGGAGCCCAGAUCUCUUUCUCCGCCGCGCAGCCAAGACGAGUUCCGCCCCCUCGUGAAUGGUGGGAACCCACACGAUCUCCGCCUCCCCCUCCUCGCCGCCGCAGACGGAGAGGGACUCCUCCGCCUCCUUCCGCUGCUUCGGCGCUUGCAUGCAGGGCUGGUACCACCGCUGCAUCGGCCUCGACCCCUGAGCGGCCCUCCCUCCGUCAGCGACCCGGCGAAUCCGACGCUCUUUUGAUUCCCCCCUGAACCGUCCCUGGUUAUUUUGAUCUCGAGUUUUUCCCUGCCAAGAAGAGAAUUCAUCAGAAAAGAAAAGAGGAACAAGCGAUUUUGAUUGAUAGGUUUCGUUUGAUUUGAUUGAUUGACCGUCGCUAUGGCUGUUGCUGUGCCGUCGACGCUGCCGAUGAAGCUUAGGAAGGUUGAGCUCCGUGGCAAGGCAGCGGCGACAGGGGUUGCCGGCCGCGCGCGCGUGCUGGUGACGGUUACCGUCCUCGGGAGCGCCGGCCCGCUACGGUUCUUGGUCGACGAGGGCGAGUCGGUCGACGGACUAAUCCGUGCUGCGCUCCGCUGCUAUGCCCGCGAGGGCCGCAUGCCGCUGCUCGGCUCCGACGCUGCCAACUUCCUCCUCUACACGGCCAAUGGCAGAUCCGACGCUCUCAAGUCCGAUGAGAGGAUCAGCUUCAAUGGAUGCAGGAGCUUCAUGCUCUGGCAGAAGACCGUCGCCGACAACCAUGGGUCUGAGCCGGCGGUGGCUACCACGGUUAAUUCCUGCCCAGGCAGGAAGGGGAUCAGCGGCUGGAAAUUUGGCCUGAACAAGAUCCUUCUCAACUUCAGCUUCAAGGUGUGAGCCAUCAAUGAGUUUGAAUCGAAUAAGUGCGCUCGAUUCAGCGAAUCAUUGCUGUAAUCGGCUGUCAAUUUUACUGCAUCGGGGUGUCUGUUGCUUCGUUUCUUUGUUUGGUUCAGUUGCUGUUUCAUCAUCCUCUACAUCUAAUGAGAUUAUAGUUCAAAUCAUACAUUCAGAAUUAUCCAAUGUGGAACUUAUAUGCAUUGAGGUUACAUUUA